CUCCUGGCGCCACACAAGCAAGAGAUCUGUACAGUGAAAUUGUAGGUAUAGAAAUUCAUGCAACACCAUCACCUAGCUUUUCUCAACAACACCUGGCCAGCCUUUACAAGUUCACAAGCGACGGACUUUCGUCUCCCACCCACAGUUCGAUUUGCCACCACGGACUCAGAGUCAAGCGGGUAUGCAGAUUCGAGCUAUCACUUUCGUUCUCUCAACAGCACUUGUCAAUGGUGCUGCCGUUCAGACCACGGGCAGAUCACAAGGCACACUCGUAGACUGCCCUACUGUCCGCUCUGCAGAAUCGCCAUGCCUAUGGGCCGGAGAGAAUGGCCAAGUCGUUGAUUCCCGAUCACUACGUGAGCUAUUCAUUGAGCGCAACUAUGUGGCCUACAGCGAUAGAGAAUCGUACGAACGCAACCUACAGGAGCACAUGACGUAUAUUGAAGAUGUGAACAUGUACGCGAAGGAAGUAGGCCACGAGUUCUCGUAUCACAUGGGCGUGAACGAGCGCCAUUUGACCUCAUCGUCAAACCGCAAGUUGACACCGGAGCAAUUUGUAGACCAGGAAUUGAUCUCCGCACACUCACGUCGUCUACAGGAAGCAAACACCACCAACAGCAGCACAAUUUCAAGUUCAGGGAGCUCAGAAUAUUGGAACUGGUGCGAUAAGGACAACUCGGUGGGCCACAGCGUGUGCUCACCUGUGAAAAGUCAAAAGAGCUGUGGUAGCUGUUGGUCAUUCGUAGCAGCAGACGCGAUCGAAACCGCCGUGGUCAUCGCGGAAAACGCGUCAGCGGCCGUGUCCUUAUCGCCGCAGCAGUUCCUUACGUGCAGUACGUUGCAAACUACUCAAACAUUUGAGUACUGCUGGGCUUCGGACAGCGGCGUGAAUGGUGCCAGCUGGAUGCUGACCGAGAUCAAGUGGGAAUCACAAAACGACGGGUGCAAUGGUGGCAUGACCCACGGAGCAUUCAUGGAUGCGGCUCAGAAUGGCUGGGGACUGGUGACUGAGCUUACAAUGCCAUACGACGACUCGAAUUCUGGAAGCUCUUCGGCAACGAACUCGUCCGCGUCAUGCACCGUUAGUGCGGAUCAAGCAGCCGCGAGUAUUACUGGUUGGGAGCAGAUCGUGGGUGGUGACUGCACCGCCUCUAGUAACUGCACUCUAUUACUCCGGUCUGCGCUGGAGAAGCAACCGAUCGCUGUUGCUAUCACGUCAAAUGGGGGCUUUGGUGAAUACGCUGGGGGGUUCUACAACUGCCCUAACAACGGUGAGAUAGCCUCCAAGAACGAUCUGAAUCACGCUCUGCUGCUGGUGGGAUACGGCACCGAUUCGACAGUUGGUGAUUAUUGGAUCCUCAAGAACUCGUACGGCAGCUCGUGGGGCGACAGUGGCUUCAUGAAACUGGUAGCGGACUCCAAUAUUAACUGCGGUUUGAACGUCUUCCCCGUUAUUCCUACCGGUGCGAAGGCCGGCGCGCAGGCGAGCACGGCUGUUGACAGCGGUGGUGACAAAAUCUUCGUGGGUCUCAGCCCAACGGGCUGGAUCGGCGUUGCUGCCGCGACCACCAUUUUCACGCUGGUUACGACUGCGAUCGGUAUUGGGGUGUCGCAGCGGAAGCUGAAGGUUAUCCGCAAGCAGAACUCUGCCAUGUACGCGGCCCAGACUCCCACGAAUGCCCAAAAUGGGUAUUAGGACACAAGCGAAGUUAACCAGUGCAUUUUUGGUAAUAUACCAACAUGGGAAUAUGAGCUCCAGUGUGAAAGCGCAAAUGGAAUGAACCAUGAGCGCCGACUCCUGAAACACCAAAAAGUAAAGGAUGUGAAGCGCAAUAGAGCAGCGCUUGCACCCUAUUUCAAUUCCAUAAUCAGGCUGGUCAUAGUGCUUUCAUGUGGACGUGGCUGAGAAUCCAGACACCGAGUCGCGUGCAACGUUGCAGGCAAUCAUUUCAA